CAUAAUACUACGCACGGUGACGCGCUCCAUGGGGACCUGGCUGCCGCUGCUGCCGCCGUCGUGAAACACUGUGCCGCUCGCUCGUGGCCGAGAGAUAUGCAUCUCCUGUGACCCCCUCUUCGUGCACAGCCGGACGAGUCCAGUCAAAACGACGAAGCGAUCCCGGAGACAUGUCCGCGCAAGGUUUGUUGAGCAGCGUGUUCUCGUGCUCCCUGAGCCCCAAGACCAUCUCCAAGCGCAGACUGCGGCAGACCAGGAGUCUGGACCCGGCGCUCAUGCGCCACCACAGCGCCGAGGGCGAGGCGGAGGCGUCACCGUACAAGGGGGAUCUCACCUGGAGCAGCGUGUCAGGAUGCAGCGUUGGCCUGAAGCCAGUCCACUUGCAAAGCCUCUCAGAGCUGGAAAGGGUUCGUCUCCAGGAUGUGGCCUACAGGCGAUUGCUCCAGGAUCGCGACCUGGGCUGCCACAUCACCAUCCCUAAAAGCCACAAGCACAAGAAGUCACUGAAGAAGAAGUUGGAUUCGUUAUCGAAAGAGAAGAGUAAAGACAAAGAGACUGUGCCGCAGGCGUUUGGCAUACCGCUGUCGCAGGUCAUUUCCAAUGACCGCACGCACAAGCAGCGGCACGAUCCCCCGCGGGAGGAGCACAGUGACCCCACCGAAUUGAUGUUGUCCUUCCUUCACCUCACGUCCAGCUUCAAAAGGCCCAGCAAAGAGCUCUCCAGCAGCACUUCGUCACUUAGCUCCACCUCUGAGACCCCGACUGAACUGCCCCCUCUGAGUACGACAGACGCAGCCCCGCGGACUCACAGAAGGGGUGGAGUGUCUGUGGAUUGCAUCACUGACCUUGAUGAUAACCAGUCUCGGCUCUUGGAGGCCCUCCAGCUGUCCCUGCCAGAAGAGGCAGCUGGCAACAGGAAGAAGCGCCGUGACAAAAAGUUCAGCCUUAACCCUAUUUACAGACAGGUGCCCAGGGCGGUGGAUCUCUGCUGCCAGCACCUGGAGAAAUACGGUCUACAGACGGUUGGAAUUUUCCGUGUUGGUAGUUCCAAGAAGAGGGUACGACAGCUUCGCGGGGAGUUUGACCAGGGAUGGGAGGUACAGUUGGACGAGGAGCACAGUGUCCACGACGUAGCUGCGCUGCUGAAGGAGUUCCUCAGAGACAUGCCGGAUCCACUGCUGACGAGGGAACUCUACACGGCCUUCAUCAACACAAUGUCGCUGGAUUGUUCAGACCAAGAGAGCGCCAUCCAGCUCCUGAUAUUUCUGCUUCCUCCCUGUAACGGCGACACUCUGCAGCGUCUCCUCUGCUUGUUGUCCACUGUGGCUGCACGUGCUGAAGACAGCCUGGACAGUGAUGGGCAGCGGAUAACAGGGAACAAGAUGACAUCACUCAAUUUGGCGACCAUCUUUGGACCCAACCUGUUGCACAAGCAAAAAAAGGACAAGGAGUUUGCGGUGCAGAGUUUUGCCCGUGCUGAGGAGAGCACAGGCAUCAUCAGCGUGGUCCAAAGGAUGAUCGAUGCAUAUGAUACACUAUUUAUGGUUCCUGCUUACCUGCAGAAUGAAGUGCUGAUGACUUUGCUGGAAACUGAUCCUGAUGUUGUGGAUUACUUACUCAGGAGGAAGGCCUCUCAUUGCUCAGAUCCAGGCCUUCUUAGAGCAGAGGAGUCCUUCCUUCCGACUGAGCAACGCCUGUCCAGUGAUUCCAAAGCAUCCAGUGGAGAGGUGUCUCCCUAUGACAACAACUCCCCUGUCCUGUCAGAUGGACGGCAGUGGAAAUACCCCGAGGACUGCAGUCCACUUUCAGACCGAGAGCCAAUACUCACCGGACAUUCAAAAGACAGAUCUGGCAGCACCUCUCCCACUAUUUCUAGCAACAAAGUGGCCUCAACAGUUGUUGGCAAUGAUGAUUUCUGGGAGACCUGGCAUGAGCUGUUAAACAAAGACUUCACCGGCCACCACAUCACUGGCUCCCUUGGAGAUGUGUCAGAAUGUGAGUCGUAUGGAUCAUCAGAGGGGCUGAGCAGUCACCAAGGUAACCACAAGUUGCCCAUCAGACCAACACAAACCUCAUUGGGUGUGCUGGAAUGCAGACCACACCUCCCGGUGACUCGCAGCAGCAGCGGUCCUCAUGACCAGAGAGGACAAGCAGAGUCAUCACUAUAUCAUGGACUGAGCAGCCAAUCAGGAGCCAUUAGCUCAGACGACUUAGCAGCAAGGACGGGACUUCCUUCAUGUCCGCCAUUAAAGGUCCGGGUGAACAGCAUGUCUCACCUUCACUACUCUGGACCUCUGAGGGAGACCCAUAUUUCUCACUCCACACCCUCCCUCUUCACGCAUCACCCUGACCCCCAAACUCCACAACUCUCCCAGCGCAGCCCGGCUUCCCAGACUGUAGAUAUGGCAGACGCCUCCGGGCCUGGACAACAAAGGGGCUCCAUUAGUACGAGUGCACCAGACUGGCAGACGGAGAGGUGGCAUAUAUGGCAGAUACUGUCAAAAGAAAAUGCAGACGCUCUGCCGGAAACCUUGGUGUGAUGCACCCCUUUGACUCUGAACUAUAAUGAAGAUACUUUUUAGAUAUUUCUCACAUCAUUUUAUUUAUUUUUUUAUCAUAUCUAUAAUUCAAGUACCAGGUAAUGUUUCUUAUUGAUAGACUCAUAGAAUGUUGCACCAACCUUUUCCUACUGUAUUUAAAUUGGCUGCAUAUUUAAUCAUGAUAUAAAAAUGAUUGCUUUAUGUAAUUUUAUGUUGUAACCUUUAAAUACACAUUGUUUACACCCGAACCAUGGAUAACUUAUAUUGUACUUGAAUGUCACAAUUAAACUUCAAUGUUAUUAAUGCUUUA